CGAUCUCUAGGGCCAAUCGGAAGGCUGGGAUUGGCCAUUUGCGGCACCCUGAUUGGUGCGUUCGACUAGAGCGCCUGGUUUCAAAUUUUCAACGGUACUGAAUGAAUCCCGCGGCUGGUGUUGCGGGCGCCCGGUUGUCAGAGCCGUGGUGAGAUUCUUUACAAGAAGUACUUGCUAGACUUCAAGAUUUCAGAAGAGAGGUGAAAGAGUAAAUUGCAACUUUGAGUCAAGCCUGUAGUGAGGGGGACUGACAGACUGAUUAAACCACAGAAGGUGACCUGUCGAGAAGAGUGACACGGAUACUGGGAAAAACCUGCUCUUCUGUGCCGAGGGGGGGCACAAUGUCACAAGUUAAAACCUCUUAUUCCUAUGAUGCUCCCAUGGACUUCAUCAAUUUUACAUCUUUGGAUGAUGAGGAAGAUACCCAAAACAUAGAUUCUUGGUUUGAGGAGAAGGCCAAUUUGGAGAAUAAAUUUCCUGGGAAGAACGGGACAAGAGGGCUUUUUCAGGGCAAAACUCCGCUGAGGAAGGCUAAUCCUCAGCAAGCUAUUGUCACACCUUUGAGACCAGUUGACAACACUUACUACAAAGAGGCAGAAAAAGAAAAUCUGGUGGAACAGUCGAUUCCAUCAAAUGCUUGUUCUUCCCUGGAAGUCGAGGGAGCUACAUCAAAAAAUAUUCCAGCCCAGCCUCAGAGAAGAUCUGUUAGACUCUCUGCUCAGAAGGAUUUGGAACAGAAAGAAAAACACCAUGUAAAAAUGAAAGCCAAGAGAUGUGCUACUCCUGUGAUCAAUGAGAUUCUACCCUCCAAAAAAAUGAAAGUUUCUAGCAAUAAAAAGAAGCCAGAGGAAGAGGAAGAAGGCAAUGCUCAUCAAGAUACUUCUGAAAAGAAUGAGUCUUCCCCAGAGAAGGUCAAGAGCAGACAUACUGUGUCUUGUAUACCACCUGUAAGGCGGAAGCUUCUAAAAAGUACUGAGGAGCAAGAGUUGGAGAAGAGAAUGAAAAUGCAGCAGGAGGUGAUGGAGAUGCGGAAAAAGAACGAAGAAUUCAAGAAACUUGCUCUUGCAGGAGCAGGGCAACCUGUGAAGAAAUCAGUGAGCCAGGUAACCAAAUCGGUUGACUUCCACUUCCGCACAGAUGAGCGAAUCAAACAACAUCCUAAGAACCAGGAGGAGUAUAAGGAAGUGAACUUUACAUCUGAACUGCGAAAGCAUCCUCCAUCUCCUGCCCGAGUGAUUAGGGGAUGCACCAUUAUCAAGCCUUUCAACCUGUCCCAAGGAAAGAAAAGAACAUUUGAUGAAACAGCUUCUACGUAUGUGCCCCUUGCACAGCAGGUCGAAGCCUUCCAUAAACGAACCCCUAACAGAUACCAUUUGAGGAGCAAGAAGGAUGAAAUAGCUCUGUUACCCUCCAAAUCUACUGUGGCCAAGAUAUCCAGAGACCCACAGACUCCCGUGCUGCAAACCAAGCAGCGCGCAAGGCCUGUGACCUGCAAAAGCGCAGCGGAUCUGGAAGCCGAGGAGCUAGAGAAACUGCAACAAUACAAAUUCAAAGCACGGGAACUUGAUCCCAGAAUUCUUGAAGGUGGGCCCAUCUUGCCCAAGAAACCACCUGUCAAGCCACCUACUCAGGCUAUUGGCUUUGAUUUGGAAAUUGAGAAGAGAAUCCAAGAGCGAGAGUCAAAGAAGAAAUCAGAGGAUGACCACUUUGAAUUUCAUUCCAGACCUUGCCCUACUAAGAUCUUGGAAGACGUUGUGGGUGUUCCUGAAAAGAAAGUACGUCCAGUCACUGUCCCCAAGUCACCGGCAUUUGCAUUGAAGAACAGAAUCCGAAUGCCCACCAAAGAAGAUGAGGAAGAGGAAGAGCCAGUAGUGAUAAGAGCGUUACCUGUGCCACAUUAUGGGGUGCCUUUUAAACCCCAAAUGUCAGAGGCAAGAACCGUGGAAAUAUGCGCUUUCUCUUUUGAUUCUCGAGACAAAGAACGUCAGUUACAGAAGGAGAAGAAAAUAAAAGAACUGCAGAAAGAGGAGGUGCCCAAGUUUAAGGCACUUCCUUUGCCUCAUUUUGACACCAUUAACCUGCCAGAGAAGAAGGUGAAGAAUGCGACUCAGAUUGAGCCUUUCUGCUUGGAGACAGAAAAAAGGGGUGCUCUGAAGGCACAAACUUGGAAGCACCAGCUGGAGGAAGAACUGAAACAGCAGAAAGAAGCAGCUUGCUUCAAGGCCGGUCCAAACAUUGUCAUCUCCCAGGAGCCCUUUGUUCCCAAGAAAGAGAAAAAAUCCUUUGCUGAGGGCCUCUCUGGUUCUCUAGUUCAGGAACCUUUUCAGCUGGCCACUGAGAAGAGAGCCAAGGAGCGGCAGGAGCUGGAGAAGAGAAUGGCUGAGGUGGAAGCUCAGAAAGCCCAGCAGUUGGAGGAGGCCAGGCAGCAGGAGGAAGAGCAGCAGAAGGAGGAGCUAGCCAGGCUACGGAAAGAACUGGUGCACAAGGCAAAUCCAAUACGCAAGUACCAGAGUGUGGAGGUCAAGUCAAGUGACCAUCCUCUGACUGUGCCCGUAUCUCCCAACUUCUCCACUCGAUUCCACUGCUAAACUCAGCUGGGAGCUGCAGACACCACCUGGGAACAGGAGCUGCUCUUUCCAUCAAACCAGGGAACUUCUUUCUUUGUCACUGGGGCAUGGAGAGAACCCAUUUGUCCAGACUUUUACCUACCCAUGCCCAACAGAGCAUACCUGACAAGUGUGGACUCCAAUUCUGUUGAGAAUUGUUUUCCUACAUUAUUGAGGUUAAUGAUGAAACUCAACUCACGUGUGUCUCGAUCAGACUCCAUGUAGUUAUUUCCUUUGAACCAGCAGCUAACCUUUAUUAUGGGUCUUAACUUUAACUAGCAUUUAAAGUCUCUGUAUCAGCACAGUGUAAUUUCUAUUGCCCCUUCCCUGCCUCCCUUUUUUUCUAUUUUAAUCAGAAAAUAAAGAUAGUUAAAUACAGAGAUAGUAUUUAAGUGAUGGCUUAAAUGGGGGACAAUCAGUACCUUAGAUCCCUUUCUCUGCACACAAUGGGGAAGCCUCAUUAACUGCACAUCAAGGGAGAAGUCUGCGUGACUGGGGACCUCAGUCAUCGGCAAACUUUGGGCAGAGCUGCUGGUAAGGUACCUUCUUCCCUUCUCAGUGCUGAGAAUAAUAGGGAAUGCCAUGCAGCACAUGCUCGAAGUCCUCCAGGAACCUGGACUAGAAUAAAUAUGUUUGUCUUCCCCUC